UUUGGUUCAUUUGUGGUUCCAUAGAUUCUGUACACAGAUUCUACGUCCUCUUUUAUUCAACUUCAAUGAUGGCAAGUUUAUCACAGUAAUUUGUAUAUACUUUGCAAUAAUGCCAGAAGCUGUGCAAGAAGAACAACCAAACACUUUUUGGGGUCGAAUAAGACAAGGAUUUUCCAUCAAUGAGAACAAUGUGAUUAAUCCUGAAAUAGCUCAUUUACCUGUGGUUGUUUUCUGUGGUUCUCUAGUUGGUAUGAUGGUUGGUGGUCGAUAUGGUGCCAGAAUACGAGGAGCAACCAGUAUUUCUAACAAUCAACUGACAGUUUACAAAAAUUCAGUCCAGGCUGAAAGAGCAUACUUCUCUGCAAUAUUACUUGGAUUUUUUCAAUAUGGAAGUCGUUGGGGUUGGAGAGCAGGCCUGUAUUCAGGUAUAUACAGCACCACGCUAACAGGAAUGUCUAUUGGUCGUAACAAAGAAGAUGCGCUGAACUAUAUAGUUUCUGGAGCUGUCACAGGGACUGUGUACAAAAUAUUUUCUGGUUUUCGUGGCAUUAUUGUUGGAGGAGCAUUAGGUGCUGCAAUUUGUAUACCUGUUGGUAUUUGCAUGCAAUGUUUGUCUUAUUUUAUUCCAUACCAACAGAUUUUAAAGGAAGAUAUCGCUAGACAGAAAGCUGAGAGGAAACAGCACUUGAAAUUAACUGAAAAUGUUUUAAACAGAAUGAAAAAUGAAUUAGAAGACUUUGUAAACAGUGAAGAUUAAGUUAUUGUAUUUUUAAUUUUUAAAUGUUUUGAUAUGUGACUAUUUAUGAGAAACAACUUUGAUGUGUCAUAAAUUAUAUGGUUGUUUCUUACCACUAGUGCUAUAUUUAAACACAUCUUAUGCUGAAAUUGUUUUUUAGCAAUUGAAAUAAGUACCAAAACAUUGUACUGUGCAAUUGUGUUUA